ACGCGAAUGAUAGUGGACGCCGGAUAGCAUUUAUCCAUAGAAAAGAGAUUAAUUGUAUUUAUCGCGCUGAUACAGUCAUAACGCCGCGAGACGUACGGGACAAGUAACGCUGCCCGCCCAGGUUCGCGGAUGUAGUCUGCGUGUUAUAUGGUACAGUGUUGUUGGAACGCACAAACGCAGUGGACAUGACGUGCACCCGCCGACCGGUGUCGCAGACGCUUGGCCAGAUCGUUGUGUCACUUGCCGCGGAUUGGCACCGCGUAGUCGUCGUUUCCACCGUACCGCGAAGGCAACGUCUUCCGGGCGACCGUUGUUGAUCGCGAAUGCCACGUGCGUCCUCUUAGUCCGUCCACAAGUAACUCUUACAAGCACCGACCAUGACCUUAUAUCAGCCGAUCAAAGAAUCUGUUCAGUUGGUUACAACACCUACUAAUAGUCCUAAAUCAGUAUUAAUGAACAGUAAAACUACAACAUUUGAAGAAUUUAUGAAGAAUAUUCACAAUAUGUCACGGUUCAGAUUAAUUUUGUUUGUGAUCUCAAUUUUAUUAUGUUUUGCUGUCAUUAUUGUUGUGUUAUUCAUAAUACCAUGUGAAUGGUCUAACUGUAUUUCGUCAAGAAGUUUCAAAUUCAAAGAUAAAUUCCUACAGACUGAAUACAUUUUCACUGACAUGGAAUUAAAAGGCAAGCCGAGUGUGAUUGAGUUGAACCAUAAACGUCUGGUGUUCAUUGUAAGAGGACCGAUUCUUAAUAGUGUGAAUGUAGCACCUCGAACAGAACAGUUUCCAUUGUUUGGUGGUGGUUUAUUACAAAUAGAUAUGACUGGAAAAAAAAUGUGGUGUAAACAUGUAAGUCCACUUCCAGACAAAAUUGAUUGUACGUUACUCAAUAAUCAGCUGAAAGAAAACGAUGAAGUAUAUUGUAUAGUUGGCGCAUCCAAUGGCAAUUUAUUAGGAGUAGUGUCUAGCAGUAUAAAUAAAGGAGAAAUUAUUUGGAAACAAACUAAAAAUCGACUUGAAUCAAACACUACUAAAUUGUACAAAAAUGAUUUAGUCUACAUGGAGUUUCCUGUUAUAAUACCAGAUUGUGACUCAGAUAGUAUAAAUGAAAUGGCCAUAGUACAACAUAAAAAUAAUAAGUCAACACUUGAUAUUGUAUCUGGAAAAAGUGGCAAAUCAAUGAUUAACAGUUUUGUUAACAAUAAUUGUACUAAAAUGACUGAUCUAUUUUUGAACUAUGAUAUGUCUUUAGUAUAUAGUUGUCGUAAAACUUCUGGCACAGAUCCUCUAGAAACUGUUCCAAUCAAAUCUAUGCUAAAUUGUUCUGAAAAUUGGAUACCAAAUUCCGUUCACCAAACAAAACGAGAACAUGAUCAAAUUGAAGAAAAUCAAUAUUCUCUUGAACUUGGAUAUUAUCAUCUUAAUAUUUUUAAUAAUCAUUAUAACUGUCCAACCAAGUGUAAAGUUGUUAUGAAUGUUACAAACAGUUCUGGAGGAACAGUAUGGUCAAAAAAUAUUGAUCGUUCUUAUGUUAUGAAGCCAGUUACAUUUGAACUACGUAAAAAUAUCUCUGGAUUUUUAAUUAAAAUUUGGUCCUGGGAUAAUGAAACAAGUGUGAAUAAAAUUACAUUUCCCAACAUCAAUAGGAUUGGACAUAUUCAAGAACAAGUAUUAGCGAUAAUGUAUAAUUCAUCCAGAGCAGAAGAUUUCCAUGUAAAAAUUAUAAGUUCAAAUACAAUUUUACAAGUAUGUGAAAAUGAAACUAGGUGCCAACCAAAGUUGGAGUACCAAAAACAUUCAUUAAAUUUGAUCGAUAUAGACAAUGAUGGUUACAUGGAACUAAUCUCUGUGUUGGCUACAUUUAAACCGAUCAAUGCAUUCAGCAAGUUUCCCAUGAACGAUAAAAAAUCACUGCAACUUAUUUCAAAAGUUAAUGUUUUUCAAUUGGAAGAGAAUCUCAUUCAAGAAUUUGAAAAUUAGUUUUUAAAUUAUGUAAUUUAUUAAAAUCUUAAUAUUUCACAUGUAUGAUGUAGUGUAAGAGAACAAGUUUUGAAAUUAUUAAUUUUUAU